CGCCACUUCCUUCUCCAUUCGGCAGUCGAACGAUACGGCGGCGUAUCGGGCAAUUGGCGAUCGCUUGUGUGUAUCGUGCUCGUAGUUGACCGGUGGUGUGCCGUGAGUCGCACCGUAACUACGCGGACAAACGUCGUCAGAUAAAGCGAGCGCGAUGGCCGAUCAGGAGAGCAAGGAUUUCAGCGACGACAUCGCAGAGCAGAACUUCGCGGAGCAGAAUGGCGAGUCCGAGAAUAACGGCGAGAACAACGUCGCGGAGAACAAUCAGGAGUCUCAGGAAGACAGGUCGGCCGGGGCUAACCAGGAUUCUCUGAACGAUAGGAAAUUAUUCGUCGGUGGUUUAAGCUGGGAAACGACAGACAAGGAAUUGCGAGAACAUUUCAGCGCAUAUGGUGAUAUUGAAAGUAUCAAUGUCAAGACAGAUCCAAAUACAGGACGAUCGAGAGGAUUCGCCUUUAUCGUCUUUGCUAAAGCCGAAUCUCUCGACAAGAUUAUGGCUGCUGGUGAUCAUGUUAUCAACAACAAAAAGGUUGAUCCUAAGAAAGCGAAAGCCAGACAUGGGAAAAUAUUUGUCGGCGGGCUUUCGACGGAACUUUCUGAUGACGAUAUCAAGAAUUUCUUUUCACAAUUCGGAACCAUUGUCGAAAUGGAGAUGCCGUUCGAUAAAACCAAAAAUCAGAGGAAAGGAUUCUGCUUCAUUACUUUUGAAUCUGAACAAGUGGUUAAUGAGCUAUUGAAGACUUCGAAACAAACAAUAAAUGGUAAAGAGGUUGACGUGAAGAAAGCAACGCCCAAACCCGACGGAAUGAUCGGUAUGCGCGGUGGACCCGGCGGCCGCGGCGGUCGUGGCGGAAGGGGCGGUCGAGGUCGUGGAUUCGGUCAAGGCGGAUGGGGACAGGGUGGCUAUGGCGGCGGUUACGGUGGCGGCUACGGCCAAGGAGGAUACGGCGGUGGCUACGAUGGAUAUGGAUACGAUUAUUACGGUGGUGGUGGGUACGGAGGUUACGGCGGCGGCUACGACUACAGUGGAUACGGUAACGCAAGCCGCGGUUUCCGUUUACAAUCACAAUAUUACAACUCGUCCAAUCAUUCCAUUCAAUAUACAUCAACAUCGGCAUUCAGAGACACGGGACUCGAGUAGCAUGAAAAUUUACAGGAAUCGUUCCAUAAUAUUUUGUUGAUUUUGUUUUUGUAUAUACAUAUACGCGCUUGCUUUUUUUCAACUCUUACAAAACAUUUGCGUGUACGUGCGUACACACAUCGUGUAUCGUGAAUACUUAUAAUAGUAGAUUAUUUUAAUUUUUUUUUCUACAAGAUGAGACACACGGCGAGAAAAGAAAACCAGCAUAUAUAGGUAAGCAGGCGAUGUAUUUUUUACAUGGCGUGCAAAAAAAAAUUACAAAGAAUAAAUCGAGCUGUUUAUAACGACCGUGUGAAAUAAUAUAAAAGGAUUACUUCUUCCUUAUUAGUAAGAUAUAAUAAUAGGAUUAAACAAAUUUCGUUUUGUGUACAUAAUAUAUCUCGUAUAUAUACAUAUGUAGUUUUGCUCUGACCUAUUACGGUAACUUAAUACUUUUUUCUUUUUUAUUAAACACGACAUGUACACAAGAUUUAUGUUUGAAUCGUAGAGAUCAUCAUUUAUACACUAGAUUUGAAUAAAAGACUGACACACGCAUAAAAUGGAUUUAUCAGACUUAUUAAUAGAAUUGAUGCUCUACCUAUUCCGUCGUAAUACACGCGUAUGUAAGCUUAGCUUGCAGUCUCACGGUGUCACAUUUAGCCUGUGCCACGACAGGAUUCUCGCUCGAUCAUAAAGAACAGCGCAUGUACAUUAUAUUUAUAUAACGACAAGUUCAUUCUAACACGACGAGAAGAUUGUCACAAUAAAAUUUUUAAAGUACAACAGAUGAUAUUGUAUCGAGAAUACAAUAUUGGGAUUGUGUAUUUUUGUCCGAGUACAUACUGUUCUGAUCUUA